GGAACAUGCGGAGGUUUAUGUGAACCACUAGUUUUGCAAGCGGUGCGGGACUUUUGGGCCACCCUGUACUAUUGAGAGAUAAAAAUGAGAUGGCUCAGAAGAGGGGAAAGCACCAGCAUUCUCUCAAAAUUGUGCAGAUAUCGUGUUAUUUAUUCAAAAAUGAAAAAAUUGAGAUAACAAUUCGAUAUUGCUUGGCUCUGUUCCUCUUCACCAUUUUCUUUUCAUCAGUUAAGUAUUUUACUAAAGUGUUUUAAAUUUUUGAAAAAUGACAGAAAGAUUUGAUAUUUUUGUUUUUUUAAGAACUUUGGAGACGUUGCCGUGCUUAUGGCACAAGGCGGAUCCAUUGUACAAAGAUAGAGUAAAGAAGGAUGCUGCGGAGGCACAUUUUAUCAAAUUCUUCAACUUUACCAAUGCAACUGAACUCAGGAAAAAGAUAAGGAGCAUAAGGAACACUUACAAUCAAGAAAUAGCAAAAAUCAAAAAAUCAAAAAGCACUGGCAGUGGCACAGAUUCCAUUCAUAUUCCAAAGCUAGCAUGGUUCAAAGAGGCUCACCGAUUUCUGAGCAAGAACAUUGGAGACACAGGUCAAUUGCAUUUCUCAAAAUGA